AUGGGCCAAUACCCAUAUCCGCCGAUCCCCGCCGACUGUGUGGAUAGCUUGAAGUUACCAAGCUCUAUGCAUUCGCCCAGAGAAUUGAUUCUCGUGUCCAGGACGAACUCAGACGAGUGGGGUCCGCCAGAUGAAGCCGCCGCCAAAGCGCUGCAGGCCACCGUCAGCCUCGGCAUUGAACGACUGCUUCGAACGCAUCACCGAUCGCUAGCGCCCUGCGCCUUUGUGUUUCAGACCGAAGUCAAUGACAAAACCAUCUGGGUGGUAGGCAUUGGGCCUGACGCGCCUAUGUACGACACGCGGGCGGGCGGGCGGGAGAUCCACCUCCGACCAGAAUAUCUUCUGCCUCAGAUCUCGCAAGUGUGCAGUGGCAGUCGUCAGGAUCCUCUGCAAGGUGCAAUCAAUCCACGGAAGUUUCUCCCAGCGGCUUAUCUGGAAUCGCUGCGUCGGUUUUUCCCAGCAGCCAUCGGGGCUCGAGUAUUCGUAGCAGGUUUUCUCGUUGUUCUGUUUCGCAAUCGCAGAGACGUCGAAGCGUCGUGGCUGGAAGGCUGCGUGCCGUCAUUCGGACUGUUACGACUGGGAUACGAUGUCGCUGUCCAUUAUCCCGCGGAAACAUUGCCGGACCGUGAGGUUGCAAUCACCGAAUCGCCUGAAUCAACUGAUUCCGCGGCGUCUUUGGGUCUCAAAGUGGAAUUCACCGAUGGAUCGCAGGGUAUUUGUGUCCCAACACACGCGUUCGUCGACGUGAAUAACCCUAAAGAGAACCUGACCCCUAAACGUACGAGUCUGCUCAAGAAGACCAAAGCGACGUUCUCCAUCGCGACCGCCAUGAAAGUGAAAGAAAGUCUCAAGGUGGGAGCGACCGUCGACUCAUCACUUGGAAAGAGCGUGUGGCUGUGGCAGCCCAAACAGAGACUGGGUUCCAUCUCGUCCACAUUUGACCAUCGUAUCGCACGUUCGUCCACCUUUCCUAAGACCAUCGAUCAUGACCUCUCGAUCGUUACUGGAGGCCAUCUGCCAAAGAUCGGAAACCCUCCGCGCGCACCAGAAAUAAUUGGCUGGGGAGAUUAUAGAGAUGCCUUGGAGGGCCAAUGUGCGUUUGCCAUGACACUCAGCGUGCGAUCCGAGAAGUCCAAGGAAGCCGAAAGAGACCCAUUUGGCAAGAUCCAAGAAGCUGUCGUCGAGGGCACAGAGUACCUUUGGGAUAGGAAGGCGCGGACUCAGUCUGCGGCUCUUCUCUGGCGUACCAUGCUCGACGGAGUCGACAUACAAGGACAGUCAGGUUCGGUUCUGUGUCUGGGUCAGCUCACGGAUCCUCACUGUCGUGCCGUGCUCUUCAAAAAUUUUGAGACACCUAUUUGCGGCCGACACUCUGAAGGUGAUUCAAUUUCUGGCCUUGGAGACGCUGCCUCCUUCAGUAUCGACGGUGGCUUUCUUCUGCCGACAGAGAUCAGGGAUGCUGUAAUCAUCUGUGAGAGCACAGAGUAG